AUGGACGAGAAAUCCGUUUUGAGAAGCCGCGAGAGGAGCUUUUACAAGCUUGAUCUCACCAGUAAUCUUCCUCCUGGAACUGAUAGCAUAAGUCAAUUUGAAGCUCAUCCACGGCAACCAAGGCCACCGGCAGAACCCAAAAGGCCGGUCCCAGAAUGGCCACCAGAGACAGAGAGGACAGGGAAGUGGAUAUCGGCGUAUCUCGACCAGCUCGACCCAGAAACCGAGUACGACCGCAUCAUCCAGACCUCAACCUUCUUCACCGGCUCCAGCUUCGCCAUCGCCAUGGGCUACACCUCGACCCUCAUCCUCUUAACUCAGACGCCUGCAGGCGCCUCAGCGGUCCACAGCACCGGAAAGCUCUUCCGCCGCGGUCACCAGCGCUUCUACGAGACGCAGGAUCGGCUCCUCGACUGGAUGUGGUACGGUAGCGCCUCCCCGCAGGCCGUCGAGGGCAUUGAGAGGGUCAACAAGAUCCACGCGGCUGUGUGGAAGAACGCGCCGGGGACGUUCAGUCACCCCUGGGAAGGCCAGAUGUCGCUCAUCGGGUCGGCGUACUUUGAGACGUACCUGAGGGACCUCGUCGGGGCGAGGGUCAGGGACAUACAUCCCAAGCUGGCGGCGGCGUGGCCGGCGUGGGCUGAGAGGGCGUGUGCGCACUUUCGCUCGGAGCCAGAGGACGGGUCGAGGAGCUUUGGAGUGAAUUUCCCGAGGGAUUGGAAGGAGCUCGAGGCUUUUCACAAGUGGUAUCGUGAGCUGCCGUUUGAUAAGUAUACCAGUGAAGAAGAAAGGGUAAAGGGUGCUGUGAUAUCUAAGGGGGUUGUUGAUCAGUUUGCCGAACUGUGGUUUCCAAGGUAUCUCCAAUGGUUCGGCCGACAGCUGUUCCUCACCAUCGUGCCACCCAAGGUCCGAGAACAACAGCGCACCGGGCAUCCUAACCCUUUGGUGGCCAAGCUUGUCAAGUUGUUCCUCAAGAUACAACUCGACCUGGCUGACAUUAUGCCGGAUCCCGCGAGGCCCAUCUUGAGGGACGAGUAUCACAAGAUCAAGAGUUGGGAAUGGUACAAGAUUGAUGCUCAAGUAAUUGAGAAGCGGAGAAAGCAGGCGUCGCUGAUCAGGAACUUGCUCUUAGGGGUGCUACUGAUACUUAUUGCGAUUGUCUUUAUGAGGGGCUGUGCUGUGGGAGGUAAGCCGGGAACGGCAGUCCACGGGCUCAAGGUUCUGCCUUAA